AGUUUGCUGUCGUUCAAUCAAAAAAUAAUGGCAUUUUUGUCGUUCCAACAACAUGGAUGUACGAAGAAGAUGAAAAAACAUUCACUGUUUACCCCCACAAAAAAAUAAAAAAUGAUCAAAAGCUAGUUAAAAAUAUGGAAGAACCGUCAUCAUCCUGGGAUGUAUUAGAAAUCAUGGUGUUAAAGACAGAAAUACCAAAUUUUCCACUAGCUGUUGCGUCAAUGAAAACUCGUGUGUAUCAUACUGACACAUCAUCAGAAGUCGAAAAGAUGAAGGAAAAAAGAAUUAUAAAAAAACGUAAGAUAUCGUCAAGUGAGGAUGAUUUAAAUUCAAUAUUUGACGCAAAAAGUGGAAAAGGCAAGAAAAAAUCCAAAAUUCUGAAAGAAACAGUAGUGAGGGCCGAUAAAGUCGAUACACGUGAACAGAGCAGAGAGAAAGUAAUGCCGAGCACAUUGAAAGAUGUGACUAAUUCAAAUAUGAAAACUACAAAGAGCAACAGUUUCACCACACAAAAGACAUUUAGACCAAAAACAACAGAUGCAUCUCAACCUGUUAAUCAAGAAUUUCAAAACAGUUUCAUUUCCAUGACUAGUUCAACAAGUGAUAGUGAUAACAAUGAAGAGCAAGCUAAGUUUCAGUAUGCAAAUGAAAAUCAAAGAAAUGAACUAGAAGAAUAUCAAGAUAACAAUCAAUACAUGGAUUCUAUGGAAUUUGAGGAUGUUAUGUCAUCGACUAAAUUGAAUCAUAAUGAAAGUAUCGGAAGCCGGCUCCAAAAAAUUGAAGAAAACAUCAGUACUAUGAUGAAGAAUCAAUCUUUAAUAUUGCAACAUUUAGAACGAAUAACUUUUCAAGGUGUUAACACUCAUGGAGCUCCACCAGUUCAUAACUCAACCGCUGAAUUAAGAUCGAUCUGUCCAAUAAGUGAUGAGAAGUUUUUCAAUGAGUUGGAGAAGAAACUUAGUACUUAUCUUAAAGAGCCAAAUAAGGACAAAGAAUUUGUCAAGAAAAGAGCAUCAAUGGUCGAUUACUACAAGAAAAGAAUUCGUGCUGUUGGAACAGCUGCACCAAAAAACAGCAUAAUUAAAUCUUUGAUUGAAAUUUAUUUCGAUAGCGAGUUUAUAGACAAAAUAUCCUGGCAAGAAACCAAUGGACGAUUUUCAAUAAAAAAUGCUAUCGGGCAUUUUGAUUUGUUCUUUGAUAUCGUUGAAGCUCAUUUACCUGGAACCUACAGCUCAUCGGAAGAUGCUUCAACAGCCGUCAAAAUUUAUUUACAUCGACGAAGAGAAAAUCAAGCUAAGCAUUUGAAGUUGACUAAUCAAAAUCGUUUAAAUGUCGAGGAAAAUCAAGAAAAUGAGUAAAAAAAUCAAAAAUAUCAAGAAAAUAGUAUAUCAUUAUUAAUCUUUGUUUAUUAUCAAGCCAUUGUUAUUAUCAUUAAUCAUUAUAUUGUUAUGUUGUAUGGCUUAUGUAAUGGCUUAUGUAUAUAAUUUAAAAUAAAUAUUAUUUAGAGUUAUUCUUCACAAAUUAACACGUUUUUCGUUAAAUUUUAAAAAAUUAUUUCAGUCAAAAUACAGCAUAUAUAUCACGGGUUAUGCUCGUCGUCUCGCCAUAGUAAUUUUGUCAUUUGAUCGUCAUAUGACCAUCAAUUGACGUUUUCAUUUGAUCGUCAAGUGACGAAUUUUUCGUCAAAUGACCAUCAUAUGAGGUCAUAAAUCGAAUCGAGACGACGUCGUGAUGAAGUCUUAUCAUCAUAUGACGAUCAUAUGAUCGUCAUUCAUGACGUCUUUAUGACGAUGACGGCUGUCAUAUGACAA